UGGGGCUCCUCCAAUUGCGGUCAUGGUAGAUGCUCCGGAUGGAGCUCCGCCAACAGCAGUCAUGGUGGAAGCUCCUGAUGGCGCUCCUCCAACGGCAGUCAUUGUUGAUCCUCCUCCCAUUGGGGCUCCACCGACAGCUGUCAUUGUUGAUGCUCCACGAGGUGCUCCUCCGAUAGCGGUCAUGGUUGAAGCUCCCGAUGGCGCUCCACCAACUGCAGUCAUUGUGCUUGAUCCUCCAACAGGGGCUCCACCAACAGCCGUCAUGGUUGAUGCUCCGCGUGGGGCUCCUCCGACGGCAGUCAUAGUCGAAGACCCUCCAGCUGGUGCCGCUGGUGCUAAAAAUCUUGAAAUAAGAUUGUUCCCUCUGAAAUUCAAACUCACGUGUAGCAAAGUAUCCUGCAUCAUUUGAAGCAGCUGGUGGUGCUCCACCGCCACCUCCACCUCCAACUGGGCCUCCUCCGACACCAAAGUAAGCCGAUUGAGAUCCACUGGCAGCGCCUCCGGCUCCAGCUCCCAAGUAACACGACACUCCAGGUGGUGGUGCACCACCUCCUCCAGCUGACUUGUUGCCACCGCCUCCUCCAGCAGGUCCUCCUCCGACUCCGAAAUAUGCUGAUUGAGCUCCAGCAUUACCUCCGCCAGCGACUCCGAAAUAAGCAGACGUCAUUCGAUUUUGUGGUGUUCGAAUAUGAUAUGAGGAGAUUUAGUGAAAACUUCAUGCUUAUAUAGCACUAAUACGUCCUCUGACACCAUGAACCAGUGACCACCUUUUCACGGUAAAAAGUCAUUUGAUGAAAAACAUUGGUGUUUCCUGAAACAUUUUGUUUUUUUUUCACGCCCAAGGUCAUUUGGUGAAACGUGAUGAAACAUUAUAUUUUGAAAAAAAAAAACAAUUUUAUUACUUCAUUAUACUUGCCUCGAAGUUACUCGGACUUCUCAUCUUCAUCGCUUUUUAAUCAACAUCAUCAUGUUUGGACGUUUGAAGCAGAAAGUUAAGGAAAAGACUGGACGUGCCAAGGCGACAACUCUUCCCGCAGAAGUGGACGAUGCGAUGGGCUACUUCAAAAAUCUGACGCCACGUGUCAAGGACCUUCACAAGAGCAUGACAAACUUGGAAGAUAUUAGCAAGUGGCAGAAGAAGGCCAGUUUCUCUGGCACCCUUGAGAAUUACUCGCGUCUCGGUGACAAGAUCAAUGUGAAACCAUUUAUGGAUGCUGUUGAUGCUAGAAUGGGUGCCGAAGCUGAUGCCGUGAAAGGGGUCCUCGCGAUUUGUGAAAAAUACAAGUCAUUCUACCAAAACGAGGGAAAACUUCACGCGGACAGUAUCGCCAAUUUGAAUAGGACUCGGCUCGACAUGGACAGUGCGGCGGAUAAAUAUGCGAACAACGAGACUGAAGUUAACAAGACUCGUUUGGAUAACAGUACCACGGAAUUUGAAGUGGCUUGUGAGAGAAUGCGAGAACUGGCGAACGGAAUCAAGACAAUUGAAUCGAACCAUUCUUCCUGGCAAGACGGUCUUAUGAAGGAGAUUAAAGUGGCGUUGCGUAAAUAAAGAAAGGAUCCUCUUUGAAAAUAAAGAUUUUCUACAUUCACUUA